GUUAUAAAUCAUAUAAAGACAUGCAUCUCUAAGUGCUACUCCUUGCAAGAAGAACACAAACAUGAGGUUCAUUCUCUUCAUACUCACUUUGUUCUUCUUAUCCAUUAACCUCUUUGAUCUCCAGAGGCCAUUGUUAGCAUCUCCAGUGCUCUCCACGAACUCUAGAUGGAUUGUUGAUGAAACUGGCAAGCGUGUGAAGUUGGCAUGUGUGAAUUGGGUCUCUCACUUGGAGCCUAUGUUGGCCGAGGGCUUAGGGAAGCAACCAUUGGAGGCCAUAACAAGAAGGGUAGCUUCAAUGGGUUUUAACUGUGUCAGGCUCACCUGGCCCCUCUACUUGGCCACCAAUGACUCUCUGGCCAACUUAACUGUUAGGCAGUCAUUCCAAAGCCUCAAUCUCUCUGAGUCCAUCGCCGCUAUCCAAAUCAACAAUCCUUCACUUGUUGAUCUUCCUCUCAUUCAAGCAUUUCAGGCUGUGGUGGAAAGCUUAGGGAAUAACAACAUCAUGGUGAUACUAGACAAUCACAUUAGCAAGCCAGGGUGGUGUUGUAGUAGCUUUGAUGGUAAUGGGUUCUUUGGAGACAAGUACUUUGAUCCAGAUCUUUGGAUCAGUGGGCUAACAAGAAUGGCAACACUUUUCAAUGGUAUAACCAAUGUCAUUGGCAUGAGCUUAAGGAAUGAGCUCAGAGGGUCCAGACAGAGCAUCAGUGACUGGUACAGCUACAUGCAAAGAGGAGCAGAGGCAGUGCAUGCAGCAAACCCCAAUGUGCUUGUGAUACUCUCAGGAUUGAAUUUUGACAAUGAUCUCAGCUUCCUUGCAAAGAACCAAGUUCAACUAACAUUCAGUGGAAAAACUGUUUAUGAACUCCAUUGGUAUGGCUUCUCAGAUGGCAAAGCAUGGGUGAAUGGGAACCCUAAUCAAGUUUGUGCCAAUGUAGUUAGCAAUAUUAUGAGAAGAGGUGGCUUCCUAUUGGAUCAAGGGUGGCCAUUGUUCUUGAGUGAAUUUGGAGUAGAUCAAAGAGGAACAAACAUAAAUGAUAACCGAUAUCUUAGUUGCAUGAUGGGAGUUGCAGCUGAACUAGACUUAGAUUGGGCUUUGUGGGCAUUGCAAGGGAGCUACUAUCUUAGAGAAGGUCAGUUAGGGAUGGAUGAGAAGUAUGGGGUGCUUAGUUGGGACUGGUGCAGUUCUAGAAACUCUAGCCUCUUACAAAGAAUAACAACCCUUCAAUCUCCAUUCCAAGGGCUUGGACUUUCAGAAGUACCAACUUAUAAGAUCAUUUUCCAUCCAGCAACUGGCUUAUGUGUCUUGAGGAAGUCUUUGUUACAACCACUGGAGUUAGGUUCUUGUUCCGAAUCUGAAGCCUGGAUGUACACAGACGAGCAAUCAAUGAUGCUAAAGGAUUCAAUAAUGUGCAUGCGAGCUGAUGAUAAAGGGAAAGAAGUGAAACUCAGUGUUCUUUGUAGUGAUUCUAGUUCAAAGUGGGAGAUGGUAUCCGCCUCCAAGAUGCAUCUUGCUUCCAUGUUGGCAAAUUCUAGCAGUAAUGUAAGGUUGUGCUUGGACGUUGGCAUGGAUGGAAUUAGUUUAGUUACCAAUUCGUGCUAGUGUUUGAGCAGAGACAGAGGCUGUAACCCUGAUAGCCAAUGGUUCAAAACCAUUAACAGCACUAGAAAUAUUGUUAGCAAAAAUCUCUACCCUGAGAUAACUUUCUGAUUUGUACAAAUACGUAUAUACAUCAUGUUCUAAAGCUAAAAGAUAUCAAGAGUUUCAUUGAUUUUAGUACUAUUAAGUUAUACAUUGGCAUAUAUUCUUCUAUAUAUGUCCACUAGCUAGCAAUAGUAAACAAUAUGGAAAACAUGGGGUAUGAGAA